AUGGGCUAAGAGAAACACCAAAUUCGGAAACAGAAAAUGAUUACGUGAAGCUUUACCAAGCAUGUUGGGAUCCGAAACCUGGAGAUCGUCCAUUAAUGUCAUCUACCACUGGUGUUUGGAACCGGCCGGUUAAUGAUUAA